AUGCCUGAGAUCAACACAGUCGAUCAGCCAAUGGAGGGAGAGAAGGAGACCUUUGCAUUCCAGGCUGAGAUUGCACAGUUGAUGAGUCUUAUCAUCAAUACCUUCUACAGCAACAAGGAGAUCUUCCUCCGAGAGUUGAUUUCAAACGCGUCGGAUGCUCUUGACAAAAUCCGCUAUGAGUCUCUCACGGACCCAAGCAAACUGGACACAGGAAAAGACCUGCACAUUAGAAUCAUUCCGGACAAGGAGAACAAGACUCUCACCAUUGAAGACACGGGGAUUGGAAUGACCAAGGCUGACCUUGUCAAUAACUUGGGCACCAUUGCCAAAUCUGGCACCAAAGCCUUCAUGGAAGCCCUGCAGGCAGGUGCUGACAUCUCCAUGAUUGGACAGUUUGGUGUAGGUUUCUAUUCAGCAUAUCUUGUGGCAGAUCGUGUGGUUGUGGAUUCCAAGCACAAUGACGAUGAGCAGCACACAUGGGAAUCUGCUGCCGGCGGCACCUUUUAUGUCUAUCCUUCAACUUCUGCUCCUCUGUCACGUGGUACUAGGGUCACCUUGUAUCUGAAAGAAGAUCAGCUAGAGUACCUGGAAGAGAGGAGGAUCAAGGAUGUGAUCAAGAAACACAGCCAGUUUAUUGGCUAUCCAAUCAAACUUAUGGUAGAGAAGGAGCGGGACAAGGAAGUUUCUGAUGACGAAGAGGAAGAGAAGAAGGAGGAGGAGAAGGAAGAUAAAGACAAGCCAAAAGUUGAAGAUCUGGAUGAAAAUGACGAUGAUGAUGAUGACACUUCAAAGAAAGACAAGAAAAAGAAGAAGAAAAUCAAGGAAAAAUACAUCGAGGAAGAGGAACUCAACAAAACCAAACCACUGUGGACAAGAAAUCCAGAUGACAUCACUCCUGAAGAAUAUGCUGAAUUUUACAAGUCUCUGACCAAUGACUGGGAAGAUCAUCUGGCUGUUAAACACUUCUCUGUUGAAGGGCAGUUAGAGUUCAGAGCCCUUCUUUUCAUUCCAAAGAGGGCACCAUUUGACAUGUUUGAGAACAAGAAGAAGAAAAACAAUAUCAAAUUGUAUGUUCGCAGAGUAUUUAUCAUGGACAAUUGUGAGGACUUGAUUCCAGAGUAUUUGAACUUUGUGAAGGGUGUUGUUGACUCUGAAGAUCUGCCACUAAACAUUUCCAGAGAAAUGCUUCAGCAGAGCAAGAUUCUCAAAGUUAUUAGGAAGAACCUUGUCAAGAAAUGUCUGGAACUAAUCGAAGACCUCACAGAAGAUAAAGAAAACUACAAAAAGUUCUAUGAACAGUUUGCAAAGAACAUAAAGCUUGGCAUCCAUGAAGACAGCACGAACAGGAAGAAACUGGCAGAAUUUUUGAGGUACUACACUUCCCAGUCCGGGGAUGAGAUGACAUCACUGAAGGACUAUGUCUCCAGAAUGAAGGAGAACCAGAAAGACAUUUACUACAUUACAGGUGAGAACAGAGAGGCCGUUCAGAAUUCUGCAUUUGUGGAAAGGGUGAAGAAGCGAGGCUAUGAAGUCAUCUACAUGAUUGAUCCAAUUGAUGAAUACUCAGUACAACAGUUGAAAGAAUAUGAUGGCAAGAACCUGGUUUGUGUCACAAAAGAGGGCCUCCAACUGCCAGAGGAUGAGGACGAGAAGAAGAGAUGGGAGGAGGCCAAAGCACAAUAUGAAGGCUUGUGCAAGGUCAUGAAGGAGAUUCUGGACAAAAAAGUAGAGAAGGUUGUAGUCUCCAACCGCCUAGUCACAUCCCCGUGUUGUAUCGUCACAUCACAGUACGGCUGGUCAGCAAACAUGGAAAGGAUCAUGAAAGCUCAGGCUCUGCGAGACACCAGCACCAUGGGCUACAUGGCUGCCAAGAAACAUCUGGAGAUCAACCCUGACCACCCUAUCAUUAAAACUUUGAAAGCCAAGGCUGACGCUGACAAAAAUGAUAAAGCUGUGAAAGAUUUGGUCCUGCUUCUGUUUGAAACAUCCUUGCUGGCCUCUGGCUUCUCGACAGAUGAUCCUACUUCCUUCGCUAACAGAAUCCACCGCAUGAUCAAGCUGGGGCUUGGUAUUGAGGAUGAUGAUUGUUCUUGUGGAGAUGCUGCUCCUGAAGUACUGACAGAGGAAAUGCCUCCGUUAGAAGGAGAUGAAGAAGAUGCCUCUAGAAUGGAGGAGGUGGAUUAG